AUGCUGGCAGAUGAAGCGGAGUAUUGGUGGGAAAAUGCUCGUAAGAGGCUUGAAGUUGCAGGUACUGAGAUCAUUCGUAAGAAUUCCAAGACCGAGUUUCUAGAGAAGUACUUUCCUGCUGAUGUUCGUAACAAGAAGGAGAUUGAGUUCAUUGAGUUGAAACAGGGAAACAAGAGUGUUGCUGACUAUGUUGCGAAGUUUGAGGAGUUGUCUAGGUUUUGCUCGUAUUACAAUGGGGUAGGAGCUAAGGGUUCUAAGUGUAUCAAGUUUAAGAGUGGAUUGCGUCUAGAGAUCAAACAAUUCAUCAAGUAUCAGGAGUUUCGUCAGCUUUCCGUGAUGGUUAAUAAGUGUAGAAUCUAUGAUGAAGAUAGUCGUGCUAGAUCUAAUUGUUAUCAGAGUAUUAACGAGAAGAAAAGUGGAAAUUAA